AUGACAGCUGAUGACUUGCCGAAUUUGACUUCGUUUGCCGGCAGCCCUAGUGACAUGAUUGAUGAGACGGACGACAACACGGACGAAGGAGCUGACUUUGACAUGAGUGAUCAUUCGAGCGACGAUUUGAGUCAUCGUUCUAUCGACGCCACAGACAACGGUGCAUGUAGGCUUGAGGAGUGGGACUUCAAUGCGGAUGAUGAUGGCAGUGAUGACGAAACUUGGUGA